AUGGUGGAUGCAGGAGCAGAGUACGACAAAGCACUGGCUGAGGAGAUCAGCAAACUGCAGAGACUCCUGUUGAUUGGCCAGGAAGGGGCUCCGCGCUGGACUCUUGCCACAGCGCGUGUCUUGUGCCUUCAGUUCGUGCGUAAAGCCUGUCCCGGGACUAUCGCUCCCCGCUGCCCUGCUUCAUCCGCGCACCGGGAUUCUACGCCUUUGUUUGGGACUUUACCGGGAUUCGGGCGAGUUCGAGGCGGAGCUGGAGCUGACGCCGAUGGAGCGAUAGACCGGAACCAUCUGCGGAACCAUCACAUCCCCGUGCCUCCCCCCUCUCCGGCCGUGUUCCAACCCCUCACAGCAGCAGCGGGUGGCCCCCACACAGAGCCCGGCCACAUCCAGGAGCUGGAGUAUCUACACGUGCACCACACAGCACCCCCUGGAACACAUGAUGGAGCUCAGGGAGCAGGGGACAAGGCCCUCCCCCUGGAGGACCAGGUCCCCCAGGGAGCAGAGCACAGGACCCUCCAAGGAACACUGGGGGGAGGACAUGACGAUGCAUCCCAGAGAGCAGCAGGGGCUCGAGAAGGAGCAGCAGAGGAGCAGUGUAGCCGCUCCGUCUCGGCCUCUGACAGUGAGGACGAGCCGGGGACCUCCUGGGAGUCCCAGCUGAGUGCACCACCAUCUGACCAGCGCUCAAAGGUGGACUUUGCUCUGAAACUGGGCUACUCCCAGGAGCAGGUGCACCUGGUGCUACAGAAGCUGGGGCCUGCUGCGCUUACCAACGACAUCCUGGGAGAGCUGGUUAAGUUCGGACACCGGCCGGAGAGCCAGGCCCAGGCAGGGGACUCCAGCGUAGCCCUGCCACCCACGCCUCUGUCGUCACUGCACCAGUGGACCGAGGACAAGGACAACCUGCGGCCUGUGGUGCUGGACGGCAGCAAUGUGGCCAUGAGUCAUGGAAACAAGGAGGUGUUCUCGUGCCAGGGCAUACAGUUGGCUGUUGAUUGGUUUCUGGACCGUGGUCACCAAAACAUCACAGUUUUCGUUCCCGCCUGGAGGAAAGAGCAGUCCCGACCAGACGCACCGAUCACCGAACAGGAGAUCCUGCGCCGGCUGGAGAAGCAGAAGAUCCUGGUGUUUACGCCGUCUCGCCGCGUUCAGGGCCGCCGCGUGGUCUGCUACGACGACCGUUUCAUCGUCAAGCUAGCCCACGAGUCAGACGGCAUCAUCGUCUCCAACGACAACUACCGCGACUUGUCCAAUGAGAAGCCUGAGUGGAAGCGCUUCAUCGACCAGCGUCUCCUCAUGUACUCCUUCGUGAACGACAAGUUCAUGCCUCCAGAUGACCCACUGGGACGCCAUGGACCCAGCUUGGACAACUUUCUCAGGAAAAGACCCAUCGUUCCAGAAAACAGGAGACAGCCAUGUCCUUACGGAAAGAAGUGCACAUAUGGUCACAAAUGUAAGUUCUACCACCCAGAGAGGGGCAGCCAGCCGCAGCGAGCCGUGGCUGACGAACUCCGAGCCAGUGCCAAGAUCUCCAGUGUGUCCAGAAGCAUCAUGGAGGACACCCGGUCUGGAACAAGCCAAAGUCUGCUGGAAGAGGAGGGCCGUGAGCACUGGCAGAGCACGCCAAAGAAACAGUCCUGCUCCAUCCUGCGCAGCUCCCUCACAGACCUGUAUGACGAGCGCCGGAAAGGCCAGUCCCGCAGAGGCAGCAGCAGCAGCAGUAGCAGCAGCAGUAGCGGUUGUAGUAGUUUCCUAGGGUACCCUGCCCCUCUGUCUCCUGGAGGCCUGGACAGAUGGGACCUUCUAGGUAAUGGCAGUUGCACCAGUGAGGCCCUAAAGUCUAGGGCAGAUCCCAGAUGCGAGUCCCCUGAGGCAGGCUACAGCUCUAUGGUCAAAGUUUACUCUGGCCUCAAUCUGGAGUUUACAGAUCGGGCAGACCAGUUCUCCACACUCCCAGAUCUCAGAUCAGAAUCCCUGUUUUCAGACUGCAGCAGUGAAGGCAGCUCCAACAUUUUCUCCCCUGAUCUAACCACAGACUCUGGCCCCAGAGCUUAUCCUUUGCACGGGCGCUACCCCUGCCCACCCACGUACCCAGGGAGGUUCAAAGAGAAAAGUCCACUCGUGUUUGCUCAGGACAUGCCAAAACAGUACAGCUUAGAAACAAACUUCACGUAUGAAGAAUCUACCUCCUUCCAAACAGGCAGUGCAGGGCGCAGGCAGCACAGCCCGCGGGGCCCGCCUCAGGACCUGCCCACACAGGAGUACAGCAGCAGCUUUAAAGACCUCCCCUCGUCUGCUGCCUCUCGCAGAUCCCUCCUGUCUUUUGCUAAAGGGUAUCAUGCUGGCUUCCCACUCAGCAGCUUUGAAGAAAUGCCCUCGAUGUUCCAUUCUCAAAGUAAACUCUCUGAUCCUGCCCUUAAUCCUGUCUCCAACCAACAAAUUCCACAGAGCAACUGCAGAGGCGUGCCUCGACAUGGCCAGCAAACAAGGCUUGCUUUUGAACACCCUUCUCCGGUCUCUUUCAGUAACCGUGUUGGUCUGAACCAGCACAGUCCCCCUGUAUACCCCCUUGGCCUUAGGCAGCAGGGCUUUGAUUGUUUUGAGGAGCAUCCACCAUGUCUUGAGCGUCCCGCCUCUCACCUCCUCUUCCAGCGGUCUGAGCCCUGUGCGCAGACCUAUCCCUCUGGUGAGUCCCAUCACAGCUAUCCCAGCCCCGCACCUUCUCACCUCAGCUUCUCCCCUUGCACUCCGCACACCCAUAUGUCACCAAAAGGAUUUCAGGGCAAUUUCCACAGUGUCCCACCAAAGACGCCCCGCAUGCCCCCACUACAGCUGAGCCCACAUCAUGGCUACAGCCACAGGAGCCAGCCCUGGGAGAAGCCACAGCCCUGGGAGAAGCCCAGUGCCCACGACUGGGACAUGCAGUCAGGCCAGCCCAGUGCGAGGUUCAGCCCUAUGGAUCAAGCACAGGCCAACUGGAACGUGCAGCAGCCGUACAAAGCCUACCACCUCUUUGGCAAAAACACAGAUGUAGCGACGGGGCCGAGCCCCACUGACCCGCAGCCCUCAGCCCUGGACCAGUACAGAGACGUGAGGGAAAAGCUGUUCUCCAACCUGUGCGGGGUCUUUCCCGCAGAGCUGGUGCGUCACGCCAUGGCCACAAACCCUCACACGCUGGACGCACAGGAGCUCGCGGCCACCAUCUUGUUGGCCAAAUCACAGUGCCUGACAUAA